GGCAGAGAUGUGUCUCUAGUGGUGCAGGGUUGUGCUACAUUUAUCAGGACCAGUAGCAUCCCAAACUCGAACACGUGUAGUCGGUUCACUGUUGUAAGAUAUUGGCGUGAGGAGCUGAAAUGAUGUUCUCUCUUCGAGAAAGACAUGCCGUUAUUGUUGAGGGCUAGUUAGCUGUAUAGCCCUCGCUAGCUGUAUAGAGCUCUACGGCUUAGCAUUUGAACAAGGUUGCUUGCUCUACCUUUACUACUACCAAGUUCUGAAUACAUUACCUGAGCCUCGUGCACAGCCGUACUUUGACCUGCGGAAAUACAUUGUCCAUACACUACUGUCUGGAGGCGAUGUAAAAAAUAAAAAGCCAUUUCUCAGACUGACACAGCUUUAAACUCCAGCGCUGGUUGAAUUCUAUUAGCAAGAAAGCUAGUUCUAAGUGCCCUGGUGGUUAUUGGCACUGAAGCAAUGGGCUGCAGAAAGACAGACAUGUUCAUGCAGAGUUCUGGAAAAUGACAAGGAGGAACUUGCACAGGUGAUGCAGCGUGGGUGGAAGUCAAAAACACCAUGGUGUCCUCUGAAUUUCUCUGGGACCAUCAUAUCCCAUUGCCAAAGCUUGGCCCAUCUCAUUCCAGGAUCCUAGUCGGUCUGGUUGCCUUGAUCUGUUUUAUAAACAGCUACGACGGCGAAUUUGUCUUUGACGAUUCUGAAGCUAUUGUUAACAAUAAGGAUUUACAUCCUUCAACACCUUUAAAUAAUAUUUGGAAAAAUGACUUCUGGGGAAGCAACCUUAGCAGCAACUCAAGCCACAAAUCCUACCGCCCCCUCACGGUUCUUACAUUCAGACUUAACUACCUCGUGGCCGGUGGCCUGCACCCGGUGGGUUUCCACGUGCUGAACAUCGGCCUGCACUGCGUCAUCUCGGCGCUCAUGACGGACGUCUUUGCAAUACUAAUCGGCGGCCUGGCCUACGACGCCAAGGGCCACAGGCUCCAUCAGGCCCCUCAGGCCUCCCUGCUGGCGGCCCUGUUCUUCGCUGCACACCCCGUUCACACAGAAAGCGUGGCUGGCAUUGUGGGCCGGGCGGACCUGCUGUGUGCUUUGUUCUUCCAGCUCUCUUUCCUGGCGUACUGCAGAGGCUUCCGAGGAGGCACUGACAGAAACUUCUCUGUUCUGUGGAUCAUCUUCAGCCUUUUGCUGUGUGCUGCAGCCAUGCUCUGUAAAGAACAAGGCAUCACUGUCCUGGGUGUGAACGCCGCCUUUGAUGUCCUGAUGAUCUGCAGAGUCAACAUCUACGAGCUGACCCACAGGCUCCUGCUCAAGGGGAAAGCCGUGGACGUGGGAGAGCUGCUGAGGACAGGUGUUUUGAUACGUCUGCUGCUGCUGCUGUCGGGGGGCUCGCUGCUCCUGUACGCCCGCUGGAGGAUCAUGGGAACCGGCCCGCCCGCCUUCACCGAGGUGGACAACCCCGCCUCCUUCGCCGAGAACGUCUUCCUCAGAAUGGUCAACUAUAAUUACUACUACUCCCUGAAUGCGUGGCUGCUCCUGUGUCCCUGGUGGCUGUGUUUCGAUUGGUCGAUGGGCUGCGUGCCACUCAUCCAGUCGGCAGCUGAUUGGAGGGUGGUGGCGGUGCUGCUACUGUGGAGCGUGCUGAUUGGUCUGACGGGCCAUGCCCUGUGCUCGCAGGACGGCGUGAAGAGGAGGACGCUGACCUUCGGCCUGGUGCUCCUGAUAAUCCCCUUCCUGCCGGCCAGCAACCUGUUCUUCCGCGUGGGCUUCGUGGUGGCCGAGCGGGUGCUGUACCUGUCCACGGCCGGCUACUGCCUGCUGCUGGCCUACGCCCUGGGCCACGCCUGCUGCCUCUGGAGGAAGCACCGGAAACUCCUGUGUGUGGGUGUGUUGGCGCUGCUGUGUGUGUUUGUGGGGCGCUGUGCCCAGCGGAGUCGGCAGUGGCGUACGGAGCAGAGCCUCUUCACCAGUGCCCUGGCCGUGUGCCCGCUCAACGCCAAGGUCCAUUAUAAUGUAGGCAAGAAUCUGGCAGAUAGAGGAAACCAGAGUGCUGCAAUCAACUAUUACCGUGAAGCUGUGAGGUUGCAUCCUAAGUACGUCCAUGCCAUGAACAACCUGGGCAACAUCCUGAAGGAGCGCAACGAGCUGGUGGAGGCCGAGGAGCUACUAUCUAAUGCUGUGCACAUCCAGCCUGACUUUGCCGCUGCCUGGAUGAACCUUGGCAUCGUACAGAACAGCCUGGGCAAGUUUGGUCCGGCCGAGCAGAGCUACUGGAACGCCAUCAAGCACCGCAGGAGAUACCCCGACUGCUACUACAACCUCGGAAGACUGUAUGCAGACCUGAACAGACAUGUGGAUGCCCUGAACGCCUGGAGGAACGCCACCAUGCUGAAGCCGGAGCACAGCCUGGCCUGGAACAACAUGGUCAUCCUACUGGACAACACUGGUAACCUGGAGCAGGCUGAGGCGAUUGGUAAAGAGGCCUUGAAGAUCUUGCCCCAUGACCCCACCAUCAUGUUUUCGUUAGCCAAUGUUCUCGGAAAGCUCCAGAAAUAUGAGGAAUCAGAGAGUUUUUUCCUACACGCUCUGAGGAUCAACCCCAAUGCUGCCAGUUGCCAUGGCAAUCUUGCCGUUCUCUACCACCGCUGGGCCAAACUGGAGCUGGCCAGGAAGCACUACGAGCAGGCCCUGAUCCUGGAUCCCACCGCCACGGGGACCAGGGAGAACUACAACAUGCUCCUACGCAAACUGGAACAGAAACACAAGACUACCAGCUGAACAGUCCAAGUGUGUGUGUGUGUGUGCGUGUGUGUGUGUGUGCGUGUGUGUGUGUGUGUGUGUGUGUGUGUGUGUGUGUGUGUGUGUGUGUGUGUGUGUGUGUGUGUGUGUGUGUGUGUGUUUGUGUGUGUGUUUGUUUGUGUGUGUCUGUGUGUGUCUGUGUGUGUGUGUUGAUAUUUAUUGCAUGUUGCGGUAGCAUAUAGUGUUCUUUUGCACAUGUGGUGAUUUAAUAUUAUUAAUAAAAAAAACACA